GUGGCGGGCGCCAUGCGCGAUGACGGCAACUUUGUGCUGUUCGGCGCCGAUGGCGCGGUGGUGUGGCAGACGUUCGAGUCCCCGACGGACACCCUGGUCGCCGGGCAGGACCUCGUGCCCGCGGCGCAGCUCUUCUCCAGCGUGUCCGACACCAACAAGGCCGUCGGGAAGUACCGGCUCGCCAACCAGCAACACGACGGCAACCUGGUGUUGUACCCGGUGGGCACACCGAACGACGCAGCCUCGUCGUACUGGAACACGGGGACGUUCGAUCUGGGUUUCACACUCACCUUGCGCCUUGAUACCGGUGGCCUGCUCUACCUGGUGAACAACGAUGGCAGCUUUACCAAGAACCUGACACGGCCUGGGGCCUUGAAAGAGGGAGAGCAAGCCUACUACCGACUCACGCUUGAUCCUGAUGGAGUUCUGCGUUUGUACCGUCAUACCUUCGUGUCUGGCUCUGGCAGUGCGUCCAAUACCACCACCGUCGUGUGGAGCGCUCUGACCGAUCGGUGCGAUGUCCAUGGCGUUUGCGGGCACAACAGCUACUGUGUCCUCGACCAGGAUCGGCCUAGCUGUUUGUGCCCGCCAGGGUUCGAUUUUCUCGACGCGAGCAAUGCGGAGCUCGGUUGCACGGUGAACUCCAGCGCCGGCGGCUGUAAAAGGGGGCAGCAACAAGAUGCCGCAGACUUCUCCGUGAAGUUGAUGCCAAACAUGGAGUGGGCGGACGUACCGCACGAGGUGGUGCGCAAUGCCACGAGCGCGGCAGAAUGCAUGGCGGCAUGCAUGGCCGACUGCUUGUGCGUUGCAGUGCUGUGGGACACCGACAAAGGCACGUGCAGCAAGCAGCAGCUCCCUCUGCGGUACGGCCGCGCUGGAGGCAGAUACACGCUGUUCGUCAAGACCGCGGGAGCGGCGACAGGCGGCAGCGGCACCCACAGCAAACCCGUCGGUCGCACGACCAUCAUCGUGCUGGUUUGCAUCGGCAUCCUGGCAUUCGUCGCGUUGUCGGCCUUCAUUGCGGCCGGGUGGCUGCUCCACGUGAAACGGAGGGCCGUGCCCCGGAACGUGGCACCCGCGAACGCGGACGCCGACGGCGGCAAAGGCUUGGAGGAGGAGGAGGCGGCGCCCCUGAGGUCUUACAGUUACCAGGAGCUGGAGCGCGCCACGUACUGCUUCCGUGACCCGGUGGGUCGCGGCGCGUUCGGCACGGUGUUCAAAGGCGCGCUGCGCAACGGCGAGCAGACUAUCGCCGUGAAGCGGCUGGAGAAGCUCGUGGAGGAUGGCGAGCGGGAGUUCCAGAGAGAGGUGCGCGCCAUCGGGCGGACGAGCCACCGCAACCUAGUCCGCCUCCUCGGCUUCUGUCACGAGGGCGCGCACCGCCUCCUGGUGUACGAGUUCAUGAGCAACGGCUCGGUGUCUGACCUGCUCUUCAGGGGUGCUGCCUCGACGCCUCCGUGGUCCGACCGCCUUGGCAUCGCGCUCGAUGUGGCCCGGGGCCUGCACUACCUCCAUGACGAGCUCGAUAGCCGCGUGAUCCACUGCGACGUCAAGCCGCAGAACAUCCUCAUAGAUGCGGCCGGCACGGCCAAGAUCGCCGACUUCGGACUCGCCAAACUGCUCCAACCUGACCAGACACGCACUUUCACCGGUGUCCGCGGCACGCGUGGGUACCUGGCCCCGGAGUGGUACAGGGGCACAGGCCCUGUCACGGCGAAGAUUGACGUGUACAGCUACGGCGUGGUGCUGCUCGAGAUCAUGACAUGCAGGAGGAACAUGGAAAUGGAGGAAGCCGGCGAGGAGCAAACCCUGAUGGAGCUGGUGUAUGAGUGCCUACUGAAGGGUGAGGUGAAGAGGGCCAUGAAAAGCGAGGAGGACGUCGAUACAGCGGCCGUGGAGCGGGUGGUGAAGGUUGGGCUCUUUCUCACCGGUGUAGCGAGGAAGCACGUCGGCACCAAGGCUAUGUUUAUGGGUGUUGUGAGUUCUGACGGCGUCGGCGAGGAGGCCGAGGAGGUGCCGAGUCACGCCAGUGCAUUGGCGUCCAUGGGCAUGAGUUACUCGCUAAUCGACAGCUUCGGCAAUACCCCUGCCAGCGAGCGAGGGAGCACGAGCAAGUAA